UUAAACGUCCGUCGGGCACAACCAACGCUGUUUAUUUGGUUCCUCUCCCGGAAGCACGCUUCACUCAAAUGUCCGUUCUGCGUUAGACAACUAAGACAUUUAACCUGUGUGUUAAUAGAGCUCCACCUCCUGGGGAAGAAUGAACCCCGUUGCACGAUCAGAGGGUGUUGACCCGGCAGUCCUGCAAGGGCAGCUUUUUGACCUGUGGAGCAGGAAGGAGCUGGAGGUGCUGAGACUGCAGGCUGUGUCUGGAUUCUCUCAGCUGCUGGACCCCUUAGUUGGGCUGCUGACCAUGCUGGAGAACUGCCCAGGCAUCCAGAAGGGCAAGUCCUCCACCUUGGGCCAGUUCAUCCUCACAGAGUUUGUGCGCUGGAGGCGUAGCCACCCCCAGGUGACUCUGAAGGAGCUAACAGAUGAGGAGAAGCAGAGGCUGCAGCUUAGCGCACUGAGCCUCAUUAUAGCCUCCCAGCCCGGCUACAUGGACCCCCUGUUGGACAUCUAUGAGCUGGGCACCCUAGAGACCAGCCACCUGCUGGAGCAUGUGACCUACCUUCAGAGCAUUGGUGGUUAUAGAGAGGCAGCUUUAUUAAGCAUGAAAGUAGAACUUCAGAAAGAGCUUGACAUGGAGCAGAUAUGUGUACCUCUCAUUCUCCUGGAUAAGCUGCCGCUAGCUGAGUCAUAUGUGCGUGAUCACCCUGAGCUGCAGAAGCGGCUAGUCAGGCUGCUGGACUCAUGGUGCAUCCCUGACUUCAACCUGGAGGAACUGCGGAGGCAGUAUCCUCUUUUGUCCCUCUCCAAGCACCAGACAGACCAGAUUCAGCCCAAGCUGCUUAGCAGACACGUCUUCCGGCUCAUGGAGAAAUUCAGCGUUGAUCCAAGCUUGUGUGUGAACUCGGUCCACAAGAGGAAGCAAGACUCACUGAAGUUUCUCAUGUAUAAGAGAUUCCGAGAGAAAAGCAUGACUGAGGAGAACUGGAGGGACCAUGUCCAGGUCACAGUGGAGGGCAAUGUAGAGCUCCAGGUUCUGUUGGUGGAUCUUUUGGUUCAUUAUUCUGAGCUACAGGUGGCUGCCCAGUGGGCCAAGCACUACAAUGUACCCAGAGACAGACUCCGGACUGGAGUUUGGGACACCAUGCAGAGCCUCUCUUCCAAACAGUUAGAAGUGAAUGAAUCGAGCUGUCCACUGGAGCCCUGGGACACCACUCAGUCUCACAAGCUGCAGUACUAUCAGCUGUCUCUGGCCAGAGAGAACAUCCACUUUCUGCAGACUUUAGACCAAUUACAGCUGUGCAGAGAGACUGUGUUAAAGCCAGGCUGUGUGGUGGGUGUGGAUAUGGAGUGGAGAGCAGGGUUUGGCACCGUGUCCACGCAGCGUGUUGCUCUGAUCCAGUUGGCGGUAGAAGGGCAGGUGUUUUUGUUGGACCUGUGUGCUCACAGCCUCAGCCAUCACAGUCUGACUGUGCAAUUCAUCCGAACGCUACUCACUGACAAGAACGUCCUCAAACUGGGUUAUGGGACGUCUGGGGAUUUUAGGAGUCUGGUGGCCACAUGGCCUGAGCUAAAGGAGGAGCCUCUGGCGGUUAAAGGCAUGUUGGACCUGCUCCACGUCCAUCAACAGCUGCAGCGGUGCUGGCGCGGAGGCAGCCGCUCUCGGUCAGUGGAGGUGAGCGAGGGCUCGCCGGAGAAAGGGUUGAGUCUGUUGGUGCAGCAAGUGCUGGGGAAACCGCUCGACAAGACAGAACAGUUGUCCAACUGGGAGCGGCGGCCGCUUCGCACCGGUCAGCUCCGCUAUGCAGCUGCUGAUGCGUACUGCCUGCUGGACGUCUACCUCACGCUGUCCAAGGACCCAAAGGCCUUUGGUCUGCCGGAGGAUCUUUGUUCAAUCUCCUCCAGCCAGCCAGCCAAGAGCGACCAGGAGAAGAAAUUCAAAGACAAGAAAAAGCAGUCCACAAGCCCAAGGCAGGCUCGUCAGAGUUCGCAUGGCCCUGCAGGUGAUAAUCAGGAGUGCGUGAAAGGCAAUGGUGAACGGCAGGCUACCACUGUUGCGCCACACGAGCUCCGGGUGGUAUGUGACAACAUGCUACAGGGGCUGGGGAGGUUCCUGCGCUGCCUGGGUGUGGACGUACUGAUUCUAGAAAACACUGAUGACCACAAAGUAGCAGCGGAGUUAGCACGGACAGAAGGUCGUAUUAUCCUCACGUCUGGGCAGCCAUACCAAAGUCUGAGGUCGCAGGUCGCAGAGGGACGCUGUCUGACUCUAGACUGCUCGGAGAAAGCUCGGGACCAGGCUGUGCACGUGCUCAAGCAUUUUCACGUCCACCUCACUCCUUCUGACAUAUUCAGCCGAUGCCAGGCAUGCAAUAAUAAUGAAUACUUGAAGGUGUCCAGAGAAGACAUGACAGAGAUGUUGAACAAACGAGGCCUACUUCAGGAUAACUCAGAUCUGCAUAACACUCAGGUGCCAGAAGGCUGGAGGUCGCCAGAUGCCCAAACGUUUAACCCUCACUGCCGCUGGGCCUCUCGUUCAGUCCUAGACCCUGAGACCUUCAGGUUUCGUGGAGGCGCUGAGAUCCAGCUAGAGACUGUUCCUCCAGGUUUGCUCCCGCGGAUCCCAGAGUACUUUAUAUGUACGGGCUGCGGGAAAGUGUUCUGGGAAGGCACCCACUAUGAUCGGGUGCUGUCUCAGUUUCAGGAAGUGCUGCAUUUAUCGGAUGGGGAAGUGUCCAGUCAACCAUGAGCUGAACCUGAAAAGACUGCCGUUACAACGAUAAUUCAGUAGACCAAUUAGAAUAGUGCAAACUGCAUGUCUAAAAUAUCUCACAUUUGCUUUGAAGUUUGAAAUAACCUGAAAAUUACUUGCUUAUGUAGUUUGACUACAUAUUGUUAUCUAUAAAAAUGGACAUAGCAUAGUUGUUGGUAGCAAUAGCAGCCUGUAUUUUUCUUCUCUUUUUUGGCAAAAUGGUAAUUGGUGGGCUAUAAGCUGGUAUUAUUUGUUAGCUACAUUAAUCUCAAAGUGCUGGUACAAAACAGAAGAAGCAAACUUCAGGCACCAGUCUUGGCUGAGCAACUACAUUUUCAUAAUUAUGUGCUUUUUUUUUUCUUUCUGAAUUAUCAAUGUAAGAUCUAUCCUGCAGGACUGACUGCUGAGCUUCUAAUCCGGAAACGGCUAAAACGGUGUGUCUUGAUCUGGAUCUAGCUAAAAGUGUACACUCAGACAGUUUAAGCCCAUUUGGCUGCUCGCUGUCUCCCAGACUCUGAACUAAGGCCAAGUGCUCAAAGAACUAAGAGACCGUUCUCUUCUCUGCUGUCUUGUUCAUAUCUGUUCAUAAAGGACUGCAGCAUAGCAGGGAUGACAGGUUCACUCUUGUCAUCUUUUCCCAUAAACACUGUCAGUACACUGAUUCUGGUUAAAGUUGCAUCAUUUGGUAAACUGUUUUACGUUUUGUUUUUAUAUGAGCUCAGUUUUGUUUUUAGAGGUUUACAACCACACCAGUACAUUUGUAAUGGUUUCUGGGUGUGGUGUUUUCUCUGUGCUUGUGUAAUUAACACCUCAUUGUUAUUUUUUUUUAAGAUAAUUUCAUGUAUUAUAUUUUGUUUCAUACUAAUACUCCAUACCUGUUUAAAAAAUUGAAGGGAACCAACAAAAACAGAUUAAAAUACUUUGUCAUUAGGUGCCCUGGUUCAGUAUGGGAUAUCCAAUUUAUGUCCAACUGACAGUAGACACCUGCUCAUCCAACAUUUCUUCUAGAAUCAGGGGUAUUAGUAGGCUCCUUGUCCCCCUUUUCUGCUGUAAAAUCAUCUACUCUUUCACUGUGUUGGAACAUUGUGAAGAUUUGAUCACAUUCAGUCACACUGGUACUGAUCAUUAGGUACUGAUUAGCAUUAGGUAGUGAUAUUGGAUGAUUAGUCCUAACACUACUUCAGUUAUUUCCAGCAGUAUUGGAUGGGAUUCCAUCAUUCCAGAGAACACUAUUUUGUUGGGAAUUCUGAGAAGAUUUUUCCCCUAUUUGAUCGAGAAAUUUUAGGAAACUGAACUUGCUGCACUGGCUAGUUUUAAGCGUAGAUGCUAAGAAAUCUGAUCUGGUAGUCUUACAGGUCCUUUACUUCACAACUUACACUAAAAUAGAAGUAACACUAAUCGAAUGCUAUCUACCUAAGGACUUCAUAACACAUGAAUAAGCACUGAAUAGUGUAUUUGUGAAGCAUUGAACAUGUUUAAUGAAAUGUAACAAUACUAGCAUUUGAAGGAGUUGAAUACAGUUACUUUUGUACCUAAACUUAAA